AUGAGGCUACCUUCUUGUUUGUUCUUCUGCACCAAUUGCUACAUUCUAUCCCUUCCACCAACAUUUUCGGGCUUUCCAUUCCUUACUUGCCUGAAUUUGUUUAUGCAUACGAGAUUAGCCAAUCCUAGUAACACAAAAGCGGUAGAAAUUCUCAUUUCCAGUUGUCCUAGGCUACAGAGUUUCAAAUUAAACGCUUUUAGAGUGGAGGAUCUGGUUAUUCGUGCUCCAGAACUACAAGAGUUAAUUGUACAAGGAAUUUUUGAUAAUUUAUUACGCAUUGAAGGAACAGCAAAUAUAGGCACGUUAGAUCUACGUGUUUCAUGCGUACUGGAAAAUGACUUAGGUGAAUGGAAACAGGUCUGUAAUACUCGAUCUCCUGAUUUGCCUGCAAUCAAAUUUGAACGAUUGAAAGUGCUGGAACUUCUUCAUGCUAAAAUGCGUGUGCAUUGUUGUUGUGAGUUGCUUCGAAUCAACGAAUCUUCUACCUUUCCAUCUCUUAAACAUGUAGAAAUUGAGACCUUAGGUAUACAUAAUGAUUUAGAGGUCAUAAAAUAUCUACUAGCAAGUUCGCCAGCACUUGAGAAGAUGACUGUUGUACUUUAUAGUAGUCCAUGGCCUUCAGGCUAUGAAUCAGAGUUUAAGUUAAAUUUAGCCAAGAAGCUCAUGCACUUUGGCCGACCUCAACAGCAGAGGUCAUUUUCAAGGUGUAACAACACAUUUGUAUGUUAUGGUGCAACAUCUGACAUGAAUCAGCAAGCAGCUUUGCAAGAGAGCAAUGAUAUUAUCAGCAAUUUGCCGCGACAAAUAACUGAGUGUAUACUUAUGCGCUUACCCUAUCAUCAUGCUGUGCAGACGAGCAUCUUAUCCAGAUAUUGGAGGUGUAAAUGGGUUAUGCUUCCACAUAUAAUACUUGACCAAAAAUUCUAUGAAUAUGUCCUGAAGAGGUUUAAAAAUCGAACUUUUGAGGCUUCACAAGCAUAUUCAGAUAUCAUUAGCAACAUUUUACUUCGUCACAUUGGCCCUAUUGAUAAAUUUGUUCUUUGUAUCCCCUCUUGGUUUCCAUUAAAAAAAGCAGACUUAAGUCAGUGGUUGCAAUUUGUUGCUCGUCAUGGCAUCAAAGAAUUUACUUUGGCUAAUAUUCAUCAUGUUCGGUCACCAAAGCUGCCUUCUUGUCUAUAUUCUUUUGAGAACUUGAGGAUGUUGGCAUUCUACAAUUGCCAUGAUCUAAAUUUGCCUCCAACAUUCAAAGCAUUUCCUCACCUUAAAUUCAUGGAUCUAGAUUUGUACUUUACAAAACUACUUGGACCUUUAGAGGCACAGAUGUUGGAAAAUCUUAUUUUCCUAUGCUCGUGGCUAGAGCACCUCAAACUAAUAGAGAUAAUGACUAAUCUAACAAUUUGUGCUCCAAAUCUUCAAGAAUUGGUUGUGAAAGGCAUACUCUCUACUAGUCUAUCCUUGAGAGAAACUCGAAACAUAAAAGUUAUAGCAAUGGAUGUGGUACUUUUUAAAGAUGUUGGGUUGAAGAGAAGCAUGAAUGAAUUCUUCGGUAGCUUGCUCAGUUGUCAAAAACUUGUUCUUGACAAACAAUUCCAUUUACCCAUGCUGGGUUGUCAUGUAUUUUGUGAUCUUGCACCUCCUAAGAAGCUUGGAAAAGAAUUGGAAGCUUUAAUAACUCUUAGAAUUUUGGAAGUACCAUUGAAUUGCAAUUACGCAGUCCAUUUUAUCCUCUGCUUACUUCGAAGCUCUCCUAAUUUACAACGGCUAUUCAUCGAUCAUAUGGGGUUUAGUAGUGAGUCAUUUCUUGUGCAGUUAGAUUAUGCUACUUUCAUGAUUAUGGAUGUUUGGUUCCAUUGA